AUGGAGGAGAAGCAAUAUAUGUCCUGCCAAGAUUAUGGGGCGCCUAUGCACACAUUAAUCAGUAUCGGAAUUAGAAUCCUGAUUUGUCUAUUACCAUAUUCUAUCCCGCCCUACCCAUUAUUCAUAACACACCACUCUACGAAGCUGCUGCGAGUCACGGAUCUGCUGGGAAUGAACAUGCGUAAAGGUGCAGAAACAGAUAGGGAUGAUAUGGGCUAUUUACACAUACUCACAGUUAGGUGUACAUGUACAGCUAGCUAUGACUAG